AUGGACCAGAUGUUCGCUAGAAUCUUCGGCGACGGUUCCGUAGCGCAGAAGGUCCUGACCAAUAAUGCCAACGGGGACUUCUUCUCGGUCAACUGGGGCUGGGGAGUGGCCGUGACCUUGGGCGUGCUCGUGUCUGGCGGGGUCAGCGGAGGUCACAUCAACCCCGCCGUGUCCGUGGCCAUGGCUGUGUGGGGCAAGCAUCCCUGGGUCAAAGUGCCUGUGUAUGUUAUUGCCCAGUACCUCGGGGCAUUCGUCGCGUCGUCGGUGCUCUACGCAGUUUACUUGAACGCCUUGGACGCUUUCGACGCGGAGCGCACCCUGGCGACGGCGGGCAUCUUCGCCACGUACCCCGGGGCGAUGACGGCCGCCAACGGGACCGUCGUGACGAACUUCCUGUCGAAUGGCAACGGCAUGGGGGAUCAGGUGGUGGGCACGAUGCUGCUGCUGAUCUGUGUGUGCGCCAUCACGGACCCCCGCAACAUGGAGGUUCCUAAGGCCCUGAUUCCUCUCUUCGUGGGCUUCACCGUCCUCAACAUCGGCGUGUGCUUCGGCUUCAACUGCGGCUAUGCUCUCAACCCCGCCAGGGAUCUCGCCCCGCGCUUCUUCACUCUCAUCGCGGGCUGGGGCGAGCAGACCUUCACCGCCGCCACCUUCGACGGCAUCGCCUGGUGGUGGGUGCCCCUCUUGGCCCCCCACAUCGGCGCUGUGAUCGGCGUGGGCGUGUACCUUCUCCUGGUCGAGCUGCACCACCCAGAGGCGCAGGAGUUCUCUCUCCCACACGUCCACCCGUCCCAGGAUACUGUGGCUAGUCUGGGCACAGAAGGGAAAUACUCCAGCAAGAAUAAGAUUAUGCAGCCUCGUCCAAAUUCUGAGGAUUCGACCACGCCCACGUACUAACGCCGGUGCCACGCCCCUCCCCCAUUGUGGCCACGCCCCCUCCCUUCCAACCGCGCACCUGCAGCACCUGUUCUCACACCUGUCAAGACGGAAAGGAACCGGGUCACGUGACUUUGUAAUGUGCCACGUGGACAGUGUGAAAAUUAUUCUCUGAAAAUGUUUUAUCAAUAUAAUUUUUGUAUAUAUUAUUAUCAAUAUAAUUUUUGUAUAUAUUAUUAUCACUAUUAUUAUUUUAUUUUAUUAUUAUUAUCAUUAUCAUUACUACUACUAUUAUCUUUAUUAUUAUUAAUGCUAUCUUUAUCAUUAUUAUCAAAAUAUCAUAAUUAUUAUUAUUAUUAUCAUUAUUAUUAUUACUCAUAUAAUUACUCGCAUGGGAAUUCCGUCAUGAUUCUCCAACACAGGCGUUCUGGCCGCGAAGGCAAGGGUCGGCACAUGUACUGUACGCUGUUUAUGUUAUUUCGCGCACGUUAUUAUAGUUGUUUAAGUUUAUGAGAAUGAUUUCUGAAUGCACACUUCUCCAGGUGUCCGUUGCUUGGGAAAACCUGUAUGCAUUCCUUCCUUUUGAGUUUAAGAAAAGAAAGUUUAUUUGAUAUAUUAUAUAUGAGAUGAAUUUACAGUGUAUAUAUCCGUAUAAACAUACAUGCAUACAUAUAUAUAUACAUACACACACACACACACACACACACACACACACACACACACAC